CCGGGGAUCCUUUAAACCACUCUGCCGUAUUUGUCUUGCAUUGUCUCUCUCUACACACCAGAAUUCUCCGAUAUCCCAUUCCGGCGCUCGAUUCCCGUUCCGGCGUUCAAUCAUCAUGAGUUACAAUCAGGGUCCUCCUCCCGUCGGUGUGCCGCCUCCUCAAGGUUAUCCGCCGGAAGGAUAUCCUAAGGAUGCUUAUCCUCCACCCGGUUACCCGCCCCAGGGGUAUCCUCAAGGUUAUCCUCCUCAAGGAUACCCUCCCCAGGGCGGUUACCCUCCACAGUAUCCUCCGCCGCAGUACGCCGCCCCUCCGCCUCAGCAGCAAUCGGGGAGCUCCGGCUGCUUGGAAGGAUGUUUGGCUGCUCUGUGCUGUUGCUGUCUCUUAGAUGCGUGCUUUUGAGGUUGAUGAUAAACGGCAGUGGAAAUGGUUGGCUAUGGAGGGGGCGAACAGGAGUACAUUCAUAUCCCAUUACACCUGCGAAAGGAUCUUUUACGAACAAUGGAUUAUCUUAUCUUAUUUAGUCUUGUACCUUUCGAACAAUGGAUUACCUUAUCUUAGUCUUGUAGUUGUCUUUCGUUAAUCUUGGUUAAAUUAGCUUUUGAUAAAUAAUUUGGACCCAGAAUUUGCUAUCGAUUUUAUGAUGCUUCAAAGUGUGAAAUACCAUGUAAAUUGCCAGAGAUCCUAAUGUCUUUUAUGUGGAUAUACAACUCCUGUUUCUUCUUCUU